AUGACUGCUACUACAGACACUCCUAACGGAGUCGCAGGGUCCACGGGACCAUCCACACGUAUCCUCCCUGUAGACCCUGCACGCAUUGGGCGAUUCAACUUCACAGGCAGCGCCGACUCUGUGCUAGACAGCUGGGAAAUCGACUUGCGAGACGACACGACAGAUGCCGCGAACCUGAAAGAGGCCGCAGAACGACUAUGCACAAGAAACAUACCAGUUGCAUUUCCCACCGAGACAGUAUACGGCCUUGGUGCAGACGCGACAAGAAGUCUGGCCGUGCAAGGGAUCUACAAAGCAAAGCAGCGGCCCUCGGACAAUCCUCUGAUUGUGCACUUUUGCUCUCUUGAACAGCUACGAGACUUUCUCCAGCCCGCUAGACGGACUGCUGACUCCGGCAAAAGCGCCGGUACAAAUGGCUCAGCAGGCGAUGCAGGCCUAGAGUCGGAUCCAAUCCCGAGCAUCUACAAGCCCCUGAUCCGCAAAUUCUGGCCUGGACCUCUGACAAUUCUUCUCCCAAACCCAGCAAACUCGUCUCUCGCACCCGAAGUCACAGCCGGCCUGGACACAUUCGGCGCUCGAAUGCCCAAGAGCAUUCUCGCCCUCGCGCUGAUCAAGCUGGCCGGCGCACCACUCGCGGCGCCCUCAGCAAACGCAUCCACGAAACCGUCCCCCACGACCGCAGAACACGUCAAGUAUGACCUCGACGGCAGAAUCGACGUCAUUCUCGACGGCGGGCCCAGCGACGUCGGUGUCGAGAGCACAGUCGUCGAUGGCCUUUCGAACCCGCCCUUGAUCCUUCGUCCCGGCGGCAUCAGCAUUGAGCAGCUGCGCGACUGUCCCGGCUGGGAAAACGUCGAGAUCGGAUACAAGGAUUCUUCGGAAAAGGAGAAAGCUCCUCGUGCGCCGGGCAUGAAGUAUCGUCAUUAUUCACCAAAGGCAACGGUCGUCUUGUUUGAGGCCGGAUCUGACUCUCCGACCCUCGAAGAUGUCCAGCGCAGACUCGGACCCAAUCGACGCAUUGGCUCCGUGAGGACCAAGACUUGGAAGCUGGGGUUCGCUACUACGACUGCGAAUGUGACUGCUCCUGAACAGUCCGCUCCGGUCCACCUACAUGAUAUCCAUCUCGGCGCACACACGGACGAUAUCGCGCGCGGACUUUUCUCCGCCUUGCGCGAGCUGGACAAGCGCGGCGUCGACGCGAUCUUCGUAGAAGGCGUAAGCGACGAGCACGACGGCAGCGUCGCCGCGGCUGUGAUGAAUCGGUUACGCAAAGCCGCGGAGUUCAGGGUUUAUUAGAGUAGUCGGGGUCUAUUCGUCGGGUCUAUUAGUCGGGGUUUAUCAAUGGAAUGCCCUUAGGAGCCUCCAAUUGAGCAUUGGCAUUGGUUUUUUAUGUUGAUAACAUCUUUAUAGACGGUCAUAUUGAUGCUUUUUCAUUCAAUUAGAUAGACACGGUGGGGGUUUAGAAGCAAAAUUCAAAUGAAUAUAUUUUUACAAACAGGAAAC